GGGUUGUGUAAUAGAAAACUCAAAAUUUUUACCAGAAGAAAUAUCUUCAGAUUAUAUAGAAAGUAACUCUAAAAGUUUAUCAGAUGAAACUUCAAAGUCUUUUGAAGAAAGUUGUGAGACACUUUUAACCAAAGAACCUGAUUCUUUGGAAGACAGCGUAAAAUCUUCAUUAGGUGAAAUGUCGAACUAUGCGAAACCUGUGAUGGGGGCUACUGAAGACACUGUAGAGUCUUCAUUAAAUGUAAUUUUAAAUUCAGGAGAGCCUUCGCUGGGAAAAUCUUCUGAAAUUUUAGUACCUGAGACCUUAGAAUCCUUGAAAGAGGCUGGUAUGCUUCCAUUACCAGACUGUUCAAACUUUACAGAAGAGACCUCAAAAGUUCUGUUAGUUGAUAACUUGGACACAGUUAAAGGAAUUUGUAAUCCGUCUUCAAACAAAACGGAAGAAUACUCAAAGUUUACAUCGGCUGAUACUUUGCAUUCCGUUGAGGGGAUCUCUAAGCUUUCAUUGGUUGAUGCACCAGAUCGCGUAGAUGAAGAAAAUUCGAAACUUUCUCUAAUUGAAACAGUGGACGUUGUUGAUGGGAGCUCUAAUCUUUCAUUAAUUGAGAUUUCAAAUUCUAUGGAAUUGUGCUGUGAACAAAUGUUUUCUGAAACAAGCGACGCAGAAGAGAACUCUAAAUUGUCUUUAGAUGUUGCCGCAGGUGCUCUGGGAGGAAGGUGUACGCCUUCGUUAGUAGAAGCUUCAAACUCCAUAGAAGAAAAUGCAAAUUCUGUUGACAUAAUUUCAAACAAACCUGUGUUGGCUGCAGAGAGUUCUGAAAUUUCUGUAACUGAGAGUGUGGAGGAAAAUUUGACAGUUGGAUUACCUGAAACUUCAGAUUCUGUGGAACACAACGUUCGGUCUCCGUUAAUUGACAGUUUAGAAGACAUCUCAGAAUCUUUAUUUAGGGAAGGUUCUGUGGAACAAAAUUGCUGUCCUUCAUCAGCAGAAAGUUUAUAUUCUCUGGAGGAAAAUUCAAAAUCUGCAUCCACUGAAAUUCCAGAAAACGUGGAGGAAAAUUCGAAAUUGACGUCAGCAGAAAGUUUAGAUGCUGUGGAAGAAAAACCAAAAUCCACAUCAACAGAAAGUUCAGAUUCUGUGGAAGAAAAUCUAGAAUCUUUUGAGUCUGUGGUGGAGGAGGAGGAAUCGAAAUCUAUUUCAAUAGAGAGUUUUGAUUCUGUAAAAGAAAUUCACAGCCCCAUAUUAAGAGGCAGUUCAUAUUCCUUGGAGGAGGAUUCAAAAUUUAUACCUACCAGUCUGGAUGCUGUGAAAGAUCACAGACUUUUAUCAACAGAAAUUUCAGAUUGUUUAGAGAAAGAUUACAAAUCUGCAUUAACGGGAGAUUCUGAAUCAAUGGCAGAAUGUUCUAAGAGUGUUUCAGCUGAAAAUUCAGAACUUACGGCAGAAAAUCCACAGUUGUUACUGCCUGAUAUUGUAUAUUCAAUGGACAUAUGUAAACCAUUGCCACAUGAAUCUUCAGACGUUGUAAACAUAAAUUCUGGUGUUGUACUAGAAACUUCAGAUGCUCUUAAAGGGAAGUCAAAACGUGCAUCAUCUGUAACACAAGAUGGAGGUGAACUUACUUCAAGCCGCAUCCUUAGAAGUAAUUCAUCUUCAUUAACAAAGAGCGUUUAUUUUACAGAAGAAAACGAAACUAUAUCUCUGCAUCAGCGUUUGCUGCGAAGCAAGACUGAAGUUGCCAUUAAUGAUCAACUUGCUGGAAGUGGCCGAGUCUCGCGGAAAAGCUUCGCAGUUUCGGUCACAAAACCAGUUGAGUCUGUAUCAGACUUCAAUGAUCAUCACAAGGCAGAUGGUAAUCGUGUCUUAAGGAGCAGUGGUACGCUUAAAAAUGAUGAACCCUCAGUUGAUCAAGAAGGCGCUGGUGAUAUGGAUGUAGGACAUUCAAAGUGCCGUUCGAAGGCAAGUACAGUUUCAACUCACGCGCGACACACUCGCCUGCGCAAGUUUAGUCGGCGAGUGAGAGGAGAGCAGUUACAAGAGGAAUGGCAAUUGGAUCCAGAGACACUGUUCUAUUGCCGAAUUGCAGGAAACAUUCAGGAGAAUCUCCUGCACCACCUGGAUGGCAAGCUGGAGCAUGAAGUAACAGUGAUGUCUCGAGACUGGAACAGGGCAGGCCCCUCACAGCCCCACGUAUCUGCCACUACCACAAAUCAGGAAGAGAAGCAUUACCAUCACCAUAGGGCACCAUGGGAAAAAUUUAAUUUCCCAAAAAAUUAUGAUGGCCGCUGCGGGGAAGGAGCAGUAUGUCUUGCGUCAUAUAUUAAGGACAUGUCACACCUGGACAUUUCUACUCAGCUUACGAUGCGACAGAACCUGAAGCGUUUGACUGCAGCUCCUCCCACCAGCCGGAGUUUGGCGGACGUGUCAGUCGAAGUUUCAAAGGAUGAUGUGAUUGGCUUCUCGAGGGGGCUAUGUCUCAGUGCUAAAGUCUGUGCUGAUAGGAGGAGGUCACUUCGUUCUGCAGCAAGUCGUGGGCGAGAUGCACCGGCUGCAGCUCCUGGAGGUGCUGCGUCUACCUUUACUGCCAGCGCGUCCCUGAAGCGUUGGUCUUCAGCCGAUGACGUGGCGGCGGCAGGGUCUGUCGUCGAACUGAGUGGAGAGUGGGUACGGCCCCGGAGCUACAUCUGCGCUGCAUGCGGAGUCAUGUUCGGUGACCUGUGGGAUUUGGAGGACCAUAAAUACAGCCAGCACCCCAAUGUGUGGUGCACACAUUAUGAGUUCGAUCAGGCGGCUCUCGAGCAGGGUGCUGAGGCUAGCAAGUUCCAGGGUGGCAGCAUGUCACCAAAGGACUUGUGCCGCCGGUUUCUUUUGGUUCGUGAGGCCAUGGAAACUGUCUCGCUGCCUCUACUGAGCUCUGAAGUGAAGUGCACCAAGUGUGAGAGAGGAUUCAGCACACUGCCUGAGCUACACAGACAUAUCUUGGAAUGCGGGGGUGACACAACAUGGAUGCUGCUUCCAAGUCCUAAUACAAGUGGACGUCGUGCUAGGAAGUGGCGUCCUUUUGGCAGCAGGCGACGACGGCAACAGGGCAGCCAUCGUCGCGGAAUGAAACGUAACAUUCCAACCACACCUGUGAAGCAGUACUUCCGUGCUCGGCAUCGUACUGUAGCAGGUGACAGCGACAGUAUCCAGCGCAUGUUGGCAAACCUGCCGGCGAAGCGGUCAACACGGCGGGUUAUCCAGUUCUCGGAGGAUGAGAUCAAGACGCGCAGCCAAGGCACAAUGCACAGCAAUCGCCUCUUAAGGAAGAGAUAUAAGGUGUCAUUUGCAUCUGGCGUCCUGCGGACAUCCCAGAAGACUGGUCACAGAGUGGUUCAGAGCAUGCAGGUCAAGGUAACCGCUGCAGAUUCAAGUGAUUCGGCAUCUAAGAAGUUGACUGUUCGCACCCCAAAGAAACUGCCAGCAGCUCCAUUUGUCACAUCCUCUGUUACAUCAGAGCAGUCUUAUGUUCCCAAACAGCAGCUCACAGUCAAGAAACAGCCUCGGUCGAAGUCACAGCCAGUCGCGUCAGUACCACAGUCAAAGUCUACAGGUAGUGAUGUGCAGAAAAAGGCCAGCAGAGGGGGCAGGUCUUUGUCACCUGCUACAAGUAAAUCUGAGCCAGUUCCUUUGAAUGGGUCUGAAGACACUAAACAGCCGUCUGUUCAUAAGUGUAGGGGUCGCAGUAAGAAGAAGCAGAAUUUGCCUUCGGUUUGUGGUGAACUAACAGAGCCAACAAAGAAGAAUGAUGGACCAGACAUAGGCAUGCAAGAAUUUGAUAUAGACUUUGGCACUGGCGGCAGCACCGAGACUUCCAACAUCCUCGCUGCCAUGCGCAUCGCCAUGUUAGAAGGUGUCAUCACCGAGACACCGCCGUCGGUUGCUGCCAGCACGAAGAAAGUUAGAAAAAAGUCUGCGAAGAAGCAUCCUUGCACAGAGGAGAAUGAGACGGUAUCGCCCGGCAAGCGAAAGAAACUGGUCUCCGGCCAGAAAACUCUAAUGAAGAGGAAGACAAAGCUGAGUCAGUCAGAACUUGAGGAGCGCUUCCUUCGCAACAAGGGCUACACUCACCCAGAUGAGAUCACAGACGAACCCAUCAUCUGCAAGGGUUGCGGCUUGCAGUUUGAUAAUGGUUCGGCAGAGCUACGCCAUCGCAAGACUUGCAUUUAUGUGCCUCCUGAGGAGGAUGUUGGUUCUAAUGAAGUGGAGCGUUCGCACCCGUGUUCACAUUGCCGUGCGCAGUUCCCCUCUGCCUCCACGCUGCUAAAGCAUACACAGCAAUGCAAAGCUGCAGUUAAAGGUAACGCUGAGGCCACUGGUGAACCAUCCACAAGCCCCAAGAAAACAGCUGCUAAAGCAAAAACAAGGAAUGUGGAUAAUAAUCAGGUUAGCACAGCCACGUCCGGUAAAGAAGAGGAUUAUUUGGGGCCAAAGAGAAGCCUCGCUAACGUCGGAAACAGCAGUGAAAACGGAAGUACAAAGGUAAAACCUGGUGUAACAGAGUCUAAGAAACAAAUUACCAAAAGGAGUGCCAGUAAUAGCAGAAUUAUAAAAAGAAAGAAAUUUGAUCUCGCAAACAGUACUGAUGAUAAUCUUGAUGCAACAAAGAAAUGGCUCACUGGUGCAGAAAACAUACGCAGUUGCACAACAAAAAGAAAGGUAAAGAGCGAGAAAAUUUUCAGGACUAGUCCAGUUGCAGCAAAGAAGAAACCUGAUAUUGUUGAAAAUACCCAUAGCAAUCCAGUUGAAGCAAACAAGAGACUUGAUAAUACGAGAAAUUUAAGUAACAGUCCGAUUAAAACAAAAAAGAAACAAAAUGGUACGGAAAAUGACAGAAACAGUGCAGUUGGCAAAAAAAAGAAACCCUGUAGCUCAGAAGAUGUCAGUAACGGCGCAGUAGUAUUGAACGGGAGUGUCAGUGGGACGCAAAGUGCCAACGGCAGUCCACGGAAAACAAAAAAAAAGAAACACAAUGGCACAGAAAUUGGUAGUGGAAAUCCAUUAAGAACAAAAACCAAACUUGAUGCCUCUAAUAGACCAGUCAGUAAAAAUAAGAAACUUGUUGAAUUAGAAAGUUCCAGUGAUAGUCCGGCUGGAAUCGGAAUAUUGGAAGGUGUGAACGGUACUUGCACUGGAGCAAAGAAACAAAUCAGAAAUACUGAAUUAGGCAGUGGUCCAGUUGUGUCAAGAAAGAAACAAGGUAACGUCAGAAGAAGUGUCAGUAGCAGUCCGGUCGGAUCAAAGAAGAAACUUGGCAGCUCCAGAAACUACAGCCUAGUUGAAUCAAAUAGAAAGUUUGAAAGCACAUCGAAUGUAAGUGGCGGCGUAGUUGAGACAGGCCAACAGCGUCCCAUCACGCAAAGCGACGGCGUUUGCCCAGAUGGGAAAGAACCGCUAAAUCACUCUGAAAGUGAAAUAGAAAUGAAGAGGGUGGAAUGUGAUGGUAUUGAAAAUGGCGCAGAAUCUGUCAUUAAUAAUCCAGCAAAGAGAAAGAAGAGACUGAGCAUCGGUGGAUCUGGAGGUGGAGGUCCAGUCACAACAAACAGCAGAUUGGAAAACGGUGAGCCAGCAAACAUUAUUUUGACUGGGACAAAGAAGAAAUCUGGCGACAUUGACGUUCUGAAAGGAGCAAAGACGAAAUCUCGCCGUUGUGAUAGUAUGAGCGAUGUUGUAAGCGAAAGAAAAGAUAAAUGUUCCAGCACUGGAAAGGGGACUUGUAGACCUCCCAACGGUGAUGUAGACGACAAAAUGCCAGAACUGCAGAAAGAGGAGCCUAUCGAGAACUUGAAGACAGAAACUCCAAGUCCCAAAGUAGAAGAUUUGUGUGACAUUCCAAUACUCUCCCCCGUGGGAUUUGAGCCGCUCGGAGUAGGUUGCGAGGAGAAGAAGAGCGAUGCUGACCAUGGUGAAAUGCUGAGAAAGAACACAGCGAAGAAAGAGCAGUCAUUAUUGGUUCAAGGCAAGAAACAGGCUAAGGUCACAGUGAAGAAAGGUACUGGAUUAAAACAGGUUACGAAGACGGUCGAAAUAAGAAAACCAUCACCGCUCAUUGAGAAGAAGGAUGCUGUAUUUGAGAUUCCCCAAAUUCCAUUGCAGAUUCAUCCUAGUAAAGAGGAAAUUUUAGUGGCAGUAGUUGAAGCAGGCGGUCUGUCUUCGGAAGGUGAGGUGGAUUGUGACGAUAAACCCUUGGCUGAAUGUUUGGGUGUCUCUGUCACCUCUGAUAAAGAUGAGGCUGAGAAAGACUUAUGGGAACAGGAUGUCAAGAAGGCUGCAUCACUGUCAAAGCAGCAGAAACGGAAGCGUGCUCAGCACAAGAACGCUAUCCUAUUGUGGGAAGGGCGGUACAAGGAAGAAGCCGCCGAAGCGUCGACCCAGCCGACCGAAGAAGACUCCAAUGAUGACUUGCUGCCGAUUUCAAAGCUGAAGGAAGUCAUUCAGAAGAAGACUUUGCCAACUGAAGAAAUAUAUUCUAACGUUUGUGGAGUUGUUGAUGAAAAUUGUUUGAUUGGGCAGAUGAAUUCAAGGGUUAUUGAAGGAUCAUUGGUUGAAAGAAAUCCUCUCACAGUCACAGGAGCUUGUGAAGUCUUUGAGUCUGAAAAUGUGGCUCAGCAUAAUAUAGAGGAGCCCCUUGAGAUUCCAGAUCAUGUUGCGACAUUUAGGAGAUCGGCAGUGAAGAAAGGGAAAAGAGGUAGGACUCAGUCACGGGCCCACCAGAAAGUCGGCCUCCCAGGUGGCUAUCCGGAAGCAGCCUCAGUCUCCGGAGUCCACGCUGGUAUUCAGCCAGAAGCUGGAAAUAUAGUGAUUUAUAAAGGAAAAACAAGAAAUUACUCUGAGCAAGUGGAAUCUCAGGACAGUACUCGUGUGGAAAAUUCAGUGUAUCUUAUCGGUCAUGAAGGAGAUAUUAAGAAAAAACUAAAAAGACAGUUUGAUGAAAUGGAAUCUAGAGAUGAUGGGAGCACGGACUCGACUGUUAUGCAGGAGGAAACGAGAAACUGUUUGUUUGGAGGAAACCAAGAAACAAAUUCUUCAGUUGUUAAUGAAAAGAUCGUGACUCCUCUUCAUCUGUAUGAAGAGACAAGUUCUACAGUGGGCAGAAAACUGAUGGUUACGAAGAGAAAGAAAUUUGGACCCCGUUUUGAAUCGGCUGCAUCUCCUCUUGACCCGGUGAACAACGCUGUUACUUGUGUUGGAAGGGAUAAAAGAACGGACCAUUUGGUUGAUGAUGAACAUGGAAUAAAAAUUUUAGAUGUUGGUGAAAGACGUAAAGAGAUGCAAAGAGAGAGAAGAAGCUCUGUAGUUGGAAAGAAGUCGGGGGUCACUAAGACAAAAUCGAAAAGACAGCUGGAUGAACGCAGUUCUCAGUGUAAGGGCAAUGCUGUCCAGACUCGCUGUGAAAUGCAGGAGGAAGAAACUGGCGAGUUGAUUGGUGAGAGGGUGGCGGGGAGUGAUAGAGCAAACUCUGUAGUUGGUAGGAAGUUAAUAGCUGCUAAGAGAAGAUCAAAACACAAUUCUGAAAACAGAUAUGACAGUGGAGAGGUUGUAGACUCUACUGUAGACCAAGGGAAAUAUUUAAGACCUAUUAGUGGAAAGGAGGCAGAAAGAAACAGGUUAGGCAUUGGCGAACAGCAAGAUGGACUUGCACUUUUGUGUGAGGAGGAAGAAACCGAGCGGCAUGCAAAAGAACCGGUUGUGGAGGCUGUUUCAAGCUGUGAGGAAAUCAAAGUAGGAAGGAGAAGAGAGGUUAGGAAUUUGACUGGUAAGAAGAUGAAAGCAAAUCGUCUCGUCGACGUCGCAAAAGAAACACUCCAGAAAGACGUGAAGAAAGCAAACUCUCUGACAAAUAAGACAGAGGAAACAAGGCAAAAGAUAAAGAUUAUAAUUGGCAAGAGAAGGAAGAGAUGUUUGACAAUUGUUGGAGAUCAGGCGUGCAGAUUGAUAAGUGAGGAAGAAGAUAAACCGGCAACAUAUUCUGUGAAGGAAGAUGUAAGUCUUGGAUAUGUUGGAAAAGGAGAUCAGGUGAAGGCAGUUGAGAUCAGUGCGAAGGACGAGCUAAGUGUUUCGAUUUCUGAGGAAGAUGACACAGUUACGUCAGUUGCAGAUACAGACGGUACAAUUAAUUUAAACUGUGAGGCAGAAAAUAUGAACGUAUUGACUUGUACUGCAGAAGAAACAACAAAUACUUUAGUUAGUGUCGCAGAAAAAACAGCGAAGCGCCUGAACACUGAGACGGGGGAGACGGGUACUUCUGUUUGUUGGAAAGAAGAAACAGUCAGCUCACUUGAUGGGGAAGAAGUCAUUGAAGAUAAAUUUCGUGAGAAAGAAUUAAGUAAUCUCGAUAUAAAUACAAGUCAACCGGCUGUUGAGAAUGAAGUAGGAUUGUUCAUGCAUGUGAAAAGAAAAGAUGUAGAAAAUAUGGAGACAGGGAAUGUUGAUGAUUGGGAAGAAUGUGCAGAAAGAAUGACUGAUGAACAGCAGGAGAUGAAUAGCGAGAUUUUGGGCUCAGACAUUGCAGCUGGUGAAAAAGGUGCUGUACCUGCUAAGAAUGAAAACACAGACUCUCCUAUUCAUCAUGAAAAUUACUUGAAUCCUAUAAUUAUUCAGCAAGGUGACAUGAAUAAUCAGAUUGUACAGCUGGACUUGUCGUCUUCGGCCGUCAACAUUGUGAGCGGUACGAAGGCAGAAGAAUCACAAGUGAAUGUGGAAAGACCUUUGCGACAGGCCCGUCGCACACGUUGCAAUACUUCAUACGAGGAACUGUACACGUGGUCCGAUGUUACUAGUGAGACAGAAGACAGUAGCCAAGAUCUGCCAGAUGCCAGUGUCAUGACUGCGUUGUGUCAAGAUACUGACGCGCCAACUUACGAGCAAAUAGCGGCCAUGAUAGUAAAUGGCGAACACUUCUUCCCGUCCAGCAGUAAGAAGAAGAAAAAGAAGAAACUGCGAAACAAUAGCAAGCAGUAUAGGAAUGGGCAUCUCAGGAGGAAGCGGCGUAAGAAGCAGAAGUUGCGGACCAGACUGAUGAAGAACAAGAGAUCAGCGGUGAAUGAUUUCAUAGUCACAGACAUUGAGACCGGGCAGGAAGAAUCUCAGGAUAGUUGUGAGUCCAUUGAGCUGCCAGAAAUCUGUAAGACAGCACAUCGGCCUAUGGAUACAGAAACAGACAUAAAAGCUAUCAGGAGGAAAAAGAAAAAGAAGAGGAUGAAGUCGUUAGUAAAACUAGAAAGUGAGGGUCCGGAGAAUGCACGGGUUUGUAACAGUGACAGAUCAAGGCAGAAGCGAAAGAGCAGUGUAGGAUCCAUAUUUUUCUGCACAUUAUGCAACAAGCACUACUCCACUAAUUACAACUUGAUGAAACACAAACUGUCGCUCAUGCACAAGCGGAUGUCUGAGAGGUAUCAGCCGUCUAUCCCGACAGAUGUGCAAAAAACAGACUGCGAACAGUGGCAUUCGUAUGCUCUUCAGAAUACAACACCUAAAGACACUUCUCAGCUUGUCGGUCAGAUUAUUCGAACCGAACAGCCCAAUUUUGCGACUCAGCGUGUGGAAACUGAACAGCCUAGUUCUGAGAAUCAAAAAACAGAAACUGAACCGUGUAACUCUGAUCGCCAAAGCGUGAAAAAUAGACAAGACCCUGAGUCUGUACUUCAUAGCGUGGAAAUAGAACAGGCAUAUUCAUCUGUUCACAACACACAGUUUGAUGAAUCUUGCUCAUCUUUGGUGGAAAGUGUGGAAUCUGAACAUCCUUUUUCUUCUGCGGUUCAAAAUCUGGAAACUGAACGUUCUUGUGUCGUUUUAAAUGAAAAUACGGAGUGCGAAGAACAGUGCUCUGCGGUUCAGAAUGUAGAAGGUGAAGAGGGUUACACUGCGGAACCUGAACGGACAUACACUUUGAUGCAAAAUAUGGAUGUUGAACAGUUUUCGUCUGCGUGCACGCAGAGCACGAGUUCGCAAGAGACGGAAGCCGAUGAAUCUUGCGCAUCUGCGGAGAAACCUACGUCGGAGACAGAUAAUGAACACAUCUUAGAUACUGAAAAUGCAGUACAGAAUUCAGCACUAGAUGGGGCCCAGCAGGGAACAGACCCAACUCAGAUAUCAUCAAAUGCAGGAGCUAGAAAUGACGUUGCAGCAACAGGGCUGUCUGGCAUUGCCACUGUCUGGACAGAGCAUCAAGCAAAUGUAACGUCUGAAUGGCUGAAAAAAGGAAGGGGCUUACAGCAGAGUAUGAAUUCAGCCAAUUGGCCAGCAUCAGGUGAGGGGCAGAAGCAGGCUGGUUGGUUCGAAGGUCUGGUGGAUAACAGCGAGUGGGUGUACACAGCAGGUCAGUGGUCACAAGAAAUGACUUGGAGUAGAGAAGUGAACCCAGACAUGAACUGGAAUGCAGACUCCAGUCAGGACGACGGCACCUUCUUCCAGUCCAAUUCUGCAAGUCUGGGCUCUAUACUGGACUCUGUUAACCAGAUUCUGGACAACGAGCGUUCUGCUGAUGGAUUGGAAACUACUAACAGAUAUCCGCCAUAUGUUGACCUGCUACAGUCUGGGACCGCGGAAGUGAACCCGAACGGUGGACUGAGGGAACUGCAGCAGGCCAUGGGUGCCACAGAUGAGGAGAUGGCAAUGCUAGAGCAACUUGGAGAAGGCAGCUGGCCUCUGGAAGAUGCUGACAUUAUGGACCUGGACAACCAAAAGUCUGCCACUGCUACAUCCACUGUUGCCUCUGCCUCCACUGCUAGUACCCCUACUGACGCGGUGUCCAGUAGAGCCGCAAAGCUUGUCGAGGACACGGUAGGAGAGGGGGACAGGAGGGAAGAGGAUGGCGGUGCAGUAUCUUCAGUUGCAGUGGCACAGGCAGCUGUGACAACCCGCGCAGUCUCCGGCCGCAGCGGUUUACGAACUCAGGAUAUGCAGCUAGCUCGGUAUGAGAGCAAAGACAUGGUGUGUCCUGUGUGUAGCCGUAGGUUCCUGGGGCUUACCGCUCUGAGAGAUCACCUCGCAGCAGCUCACAACAGUUCCACUCGCCACCGCACCCAAGCAGUCAUCAAACGACCGCGUAUUGUUCCUAGCUCGGCAUCCGAGGAAAGCGGAGAACCGAAACGACACGUCUGCCUCGUAUGUAAGGAACUUCUGCCCGAUGAGCAGGGACUUGCAGAUCAUGUCGGAGUAGCUCAUGUAGAACGUCAGAACCUUGCAGGCAAGCUGCCAGAUCAGCGUCCUGAUGGGUUGGGUGGCAGUAAUCACAGUACUGGUGGUAGUGGCGGUGGUGAUGAGGGACUGCGCAGUCAUAUGACAUCAGCACUUGGGGGCCUACUGACAAGGGCCCUUAACAACUUUCUGGGCAAGAAUCGGUCGCAACCUUCUCCCCCUGCUACUCAGGUGCCAAGCCCUUCUGUUGGAUCUCCUGUUGAAAGUCUUGGCCGUCCAUUGCUUACACAGCCUGUAGCGCGAUUACUGGGUCGUGGGCUCAAGAUGGCAAAUCGGCGUCACAGCAGCGGAUCUGCCGGCGAGCAGCCCUUCAACUGUGUCGACUGUGAUGAGAGGUUCACCAGCGAGAGCAACAGGAACCGUCACGUAGCCAGAGCUCACCGCGGACAGCAGUAUCGUCGGUUGAGCACUGACAGCCCUCUGGAGCGCACCAGGACAUCCUCCCCCCUCACAAGCAAUGAGAGCGCAGCAUCAGAAGUUGACACCGACAGUCUGCCCCUGAGCAUCAGAAUUUCGAAUUUUUGUUCCGAGCAGAGUUUAGUGGACAGUGAACCUUGUAAGUCGCAGACUGCCGGCUUCGCGGAUAGUGAGACGUCGGGAGAGACGAAAGAUCGUUCAGUUGUGAAGUGCAUUUCAAGUUGGAAAGGUGAAGGGAGCGGUACGGCUGCUGUGCAGGAGGCAGACGGCACAGGGAGAACCGCUUGCAACAGCGCAGAAGAAGAACAACUAGAGAGAGCAACAGCGGCAGUCGCGAGGUCUGCAGAUGUAGGAAGAAGGCAGGAGCAAGAGAAGUUGUCCGAAUCUUCCAGGACCGACUGGAGAAAUGGCGCAAAAGUAAAGUCCUCCCAACCGAGGUCGGAGAGUUUGUGCGGUGCGAAUGAUGAGGAUUCUAUUAAAGCAAAGGCUGUAGCAGCAUUGAGGGCUCUGAAUGCGCGGGACAGGAGGAUACGUAAUGGCCUUCCGGGAACUAUUGGAGCAGCAAUGUGGAGUGGAGUAUCUCGUAAAAAGUCCAGAGGACUCGACUCUGAUGUUAGAUUUCGUUUCCCAUCGGUCCGGAAGACUCCUCUGUCCACAAAUCGAUAUGCUUCUUUGGAAGAGAAGAAGAAAAAGACUGUGUCGAAUAUGGUUAAGUGUGAGACCAUGAGUCAACCCAAUGGCGGUACCGAAGAAAAUAGGCAGCAGACACCACCAUCCUUGCCACUGGAUGUUGCCGUUUCAAGGUCGUAUGACAUAUAUGAGUUCCAUGAUGAGGCGGAACAGGUUCGGCCUCCGUCGGAGUUUGGAUUGGCAGAGUUUAGGUUGAGGGCACCUCUUGGGAAGUUUGUGACUGACACAGGACCUAGCAGUGAUGUGGAAGAGAGCAAGGUAGCGGAAUGGGACAGUCUUCUGAAAGACACUCAGCCAGUGUUAGGGCAUGAAGGAGUAUCCUCGCCUGCUGUUCUGGAGGAUCUGGAAAACACUGAACAGGAGGUUUUCAAGCCACUGAGGCUGUCGGAAGAAACCCCAAAACCAAAAUUCAGUCAUUCAAGUAGAAAGCACCAUAGCAGUAAGAAGAAACGGUGGCAUCGAAUCAUCGUGGACAGUGAAGAGGACACCUCCGACACGGAUACAGUGGCGGAGCGACAUGAAACUCGUAGGGUAGCCCUCGAUCAAAGACUCAAUAACCACAGGGAGAGGGAGAAAUGUAUCGAUUUAGAGCAGCGCUAUGAAGAGGGCAGAGGCGUCAAGAGGCACCACGUACCGUGUUUAUCGGGUGUCCUGGUAGAAGACCGACAGUGCGGAAAGCGAGGAAAGACGGCAAGGAAACCAUCUAAGGGCAGUUCAAAGCGAGCGACAAAGACGGACCUUCUGAUGUCCGUAUUUGCCAAAUCACGCCAGCGUAACAAUUGUAUUAACUCGGUCGCUGCCGGGCGCUCGGUCCCUGCUAAAUCUCAACUUUGCGGUACUUUCUCGGGUCCGUACAGGAGCGCGGGGACUACGGGCAGUGUAGCCGGAACUGUGAAUAAGUCCGAUUCGGGCUGUUCAGCGACGUCCGCCCCAGCAAGACGCUUUGCAACGAGCAGUGAUGACGAAAGGGUGGCGAGCGGAACAAAGUCUGAGUCGAAAAAACCGAAGAGGGGCCAAGAAAAAAUGACAGCUCUUUGAUGUUGUCUGAGGUACGUAGUCGUUCAUAGUUACAGCAAAUUGUUCACAUCUGGGUACAUUUGAUCUGCUUCUUAAAAGUAUUUAAUUGAUCGCAAUUUGUAACGCUAUUUAAGAGUGUUGAUGUGUGUUAUGGAGCCUACACGUACUGCCACUGUCACGUAUCGCUGUCCAUCCUCACGAUGUCGUUACCGCAUCUGGAUCGCUCGUUCAUAUACUCACUCAUUCAUCAGCUUAAUUUCCCAAGUUGUUGAUGUUGUAUCGGACUAGUCAUCAUCGCAGUGUUACCAAGUGCCGUGACGAUGGCGAUGUUACGUUCGUGUGCCGCUGCGUACUGCCAGGAUGUGCCUUGUGAGUUUUACUUUUUUUUUUGUAUAUCGUAGUCGCGUUCGGUGAGUAGAUCGUCGCCACGUUACUUCCGUACCAGUCGGCACGCCCUUUCAAGACUGCUUCAUCCAUUAGUUUCAUAAUUUUUAUUCCUAUUUGCGUUAUUAAAAGAUUUAAGGUGCAUUAUAAUAUUCAGAAGUCUAUAUAGUUAAGUCAUAAAUAAAUGAGGAUUAUUAUAAUUAUGUAUAAACUAAUAUAGGAUUUUGUGAGUUUAUGUGAAUCAGCUUCACGGGAUUAUGCGUGUAUUUUUCAAUCUUGAUUAUAAAGGCAGAGAAAUAUUUAGAAGUA